AUGGACGCAAUCAGCUUGCUGCCACCGGCCCAGACCACCAACACCACGGUGGUCACUACGACAAAGACUACCGCUACCGCGACAACGACCAUAACAACAGUUACUACAGUCACGACCACGACGCCUCAGGGCACGACCGUCUUCACUCCAUUCCGGUUCCUCGACUUGCCUGUCGAACUCCGAAUAAUGGUGUACGAAGAGCUGGUCGUUGUUGGCAAGGUCUUCUACACGCCUGACGACUACGCUAUCGAGAACGAGAAACGUUUCAAGGACUGGGAAUCUUACCGCGCUCCACGACUGGCCAUACUACGGAUUUGCAAGCAAGUUCACGACGAAGCUGAAGAAGUCUACCUGGGAAAGAACUUGUUCGUACUCCCGGACCAGUGUACAAAGAGGCAACCACUUGCAGGAUCGGGUCUAUGUUCCAAUGCUGCUCGCAAAGAUCCGAACAUCAGCCAUAUACCGUUUCACGACCGGUGGCUGUUCUCCGCUGCAGCUUCUCGUCUGAUUAAGAAUAUCAGCGUAGCUAUUAGCACACGUUCCGAUGAAAGCUCGUCCCCAUACGCUUAUAACCACUCGCUUUGGGAAGAGGAUGGCGAAUUCGACAGCAUGGUUUCCACCGCCCGUCUUAAAUACGUACAUGAUUGGGCGACAGAAAAUAUGGCAGACGACUUGGAUGACUAUAUCGAUGAUCUGUCCAAGUUCUUCAGAAACGGCGAGAAGCUUCCAUUGAUCCGCCUCAACUAUCUGGAGUUCGAUGUGACCAAUGCAUACUGCCCGAUAGGAUGUUGUCGCAUGGUCUGCCCGUUCUGGGGGCUACUUAUGAGAUUAGGACCGAACAAAACAUCAUUCUUGGGAGUGAGGAACGCAGUGGAAAAAAGCCUUAUUAUGGAAUCUGUGCUGGAGUGUUUCUACGACGUGUCUGAAGUGCUACCCGAAAAGCUCAGGGCGAAGUAUGAAGCGGACGAGGAAGUGGAUGAGAAAGAGAUGAGGAAGGCGUUGGGCGUUGUCUGCAACCCAAAGAAAUCGCACUGGGAGCAGUGGAAGGUUGAGACUAAGUAG